UAUCACCUGCUGCAGACGUCGGAAGGCGGGCUUCCUCCUCCUCAGCCAGGUGUCGGACCAGCGGCCUCCGGAGGCGGAGCGGCGGGUGGGCAGGGGAGCAGUUGGACAUCUCAGCUUAACUAGAGCAGGUACAUUGUUGCCAAAGUUACUAUGAGUCUUAAGACCUUUUGGAGAGACUACAAAGUUCUUCUUGUUAUGAUACCUUCUAUCGGACUGAUUCACAUAGGGUGGAAGAGCAUUAAGAACAAUCCAAUUUUCCAAACUGCUAAUGGUAACAAGGACAGUAUUCCAGAACCUGGAAUUGUGACACAUAUGAUUCCACAGAAGAACCAAAACCAAGUCAAAUAGCAAUCAUGCAAUGUUUAGAAGGAAGUAUCUUACCAAAAGAAUUGUCUUUGGAACUUGAAUUUCACUUUGGCAUCAGAUCAAGAGAUGAAACAAACCAGCUGGAUUAGAAAGAACUGGCUCCUUGUAGCUGGAUUAACUUUCAUAGGUGUCCAUCUUGGCACAUAUUUUAUACAGGUAGCUGCAAAACAGUCUGCCAAAUCUCAAUUUGAAAGCAAAGAAAAGUAUAUCAAAGAAAUUAAGUAAAAGUGUCUGUAGAAGUAUUGAUGUAUGAUAUUCAAUCAACAUGAUCCAAUGAACUUCAAAAGAAUAAACUGUUUCAAAUUGCAUGGCCGGUGUGCCACAUGUUCUGAGAGAUCCUUGAUGAGUUAAUUGUAUAACUUUAAAGUAUCUGUGAAAAUACAUUGUCUGAAAAAUAUGAUUAAGAAAAUAAAACGUAUCUCUACUACCUAUAUAUAACCUGAAAUAAGAUGUCUCGUGUUGAAGCUAAAAAGCCUUCAUUAUGUACCUGUGAACUACUGACAAAAGAGAUUAUUAGUAAAUCUCUCUCUGUACUAAGAGAAAUUGUAACCUCUUGCUAUGGCCCUUCUGGUAGACUGAAGCAACUGCACAAUGGUGUUGGAGGUUCCAUUUGUACAACAUCAUCAUCAUCAUUCUUGUUCAGUAACCUUUCUGUCACCCAUCCUAUAUUAAAGAUUUUGACAACCUCUGUGCAAAAUCAUGUAUCACGUUUUAGUGACUGUGGCUUAUUCACAGCCAUUCUUUGCUUUAACUUAGUUGAAAAUUUUCAGAGAUUAAACUUGUCAACUGCUACUGUCAUUAAAAUAAGUAAGCAUCUUUUGAGUCUCUGCACUGACUAUCUCAACUCUGAGUCCUGUGGCUGCCGAAUCUCUAUAGAUUUUAGCAAUAUGAAGACUCUCUUAUGUUUGGUACAAAGCAUAUUAACAAGCAAGCCUGCUUGCCUGCUCAACAAAAAAGAAGCUGAUCAUAUCAGUACUUUGAUUCUGAAGGCAUUUUUGCUUACAAUUCCAGAAAAGGCUAAAGACCAUGCUAUUUUGGGGAAAAGUAUAAUCAUACCUUUAAAAGAUGAAAGAGUUAUGAAUUCUACUGUAUUGCCUGGAAUAGUCAUUGAAAUGCCAGAAGUUCAAUUGAUGAGGAAGUUUCCUAUCAAAAAAUUACCCUCAGAUGUCCUCAAGGUGGCACUCUUUUGUAUAUCUAUGUCUGGAGAUAUUUCUGACCCUGGAGAUGGAACCCUAGUGAUCAGUUAUGGAGUUUCUCUUGAAAGUGCAGUCUUGGACCAGUUGCUUAAUUUGGGAAAUCAGCUCAUUAGUGAUCACGUAGAUAUUGUUGUCUGCCAAAAAGUUAUACAUCCAGCUUUGAAGCAGUACCUCCAUCAGCAUCACAUUAUUACCAUAGACAGAGUUGGAAUAUCUCUGAUGGAGCCCCUGUGUGAAAUGACAGGUGCACAAACUAUUGGUUCCCUGAGUUUAAUCUCACCUACAAGUUAUGGAUACGUGAAGGAUUUGUGCUCCACAAACUUUGGUUCAAAACACUACUUUCACUUAAUUCCUAAUGAUUCAACUGUCUGCAGUUUGCUUCUCUGUAACAGAAAUGAGACUGCGUGGAAUGAACUGAAGCUUGCAUGUCAAACAGCGCAGCAUAUCUUACAGUUAACAAUCAGGCAACCUUUGGCUUUGCUGGGAGGUGGCUGCACUGAAACUCACUUGGCCUCCUUUAUAAGACAUACGGGUAUCAAUGUUCCAGAAUGCAUUCUCAAAGUCAAUGACUGUACCCAAACAGAAUAUAAAAUAGUUACUAAUGCAUUUUGCAAUGCACUGCAGUCUGUUGCUUGCUCUCUAGAGCAUGAUAAAGGUAAAAUUCUUACUGAUAGGAAGUAUGGACACUUUUGGUCAAUUCAACCAGAUUUUCCCUCAAAUGUGAAAUGGCAAGAUUUGGUUUCAAAAUGUGGUUGUGGACUCUAUGGUAACCAGGAAGAACUAAACUGGUGCCUCUUACAAGACAUUCAUUCUUUUGCUCCACUAAACUCUUCUGUCCAGCAAGCCACAAACUCCACAGGCCAUCUGACUUUGGACUGUUUUACUGCAAAGCUUCAUGGCCUACAAGUUGCUGUGGAGACGGCCAGUUUGAUUUUAGAUCUGUCAUACAUCAUUGAAGAUAAAAACUGAUCUGAAUUUCAAGUGCAUUUUGAAAAGUAUGUUUAUGUGAAAAAAGGCUGAAGUAGAAAAAUUAUUGAACAUAAAUAGUCACUCUCAAAAGCUUGAUUUUUUUUUUACCCUUUUAUGUACAUUUUAUGAACUCAUUUGACUUGGACAUUUAAAGUGAACAAAAUUAUAACUUAAGUGGAGGUAUUUACCUAACAGUAAGCCUAUAAAGUAUUGUUAAAGGUACUUUAAUAACUAUGUAAAGUUAGUGGCUACUGUACAAUAUUUUACUUUUUU